AUGGAGGUGUCCUUGCCCGCCGAGCAAGUUGCCGAAAUGAGAGGGGAGCGCGAUCUCGCCCAGCAAAGAGUAGCGGCUCUAGAGGAGAGAGUCGCAGAACUCCGACGCGAGAGUGAAGAGUCUGCCGCCGCCUCUCGGGAGAGAGAAGACCAGCUCCGACGGGAGCUUAAAGAGUCUGCCGCUGCCUCCCGGGAGAGAGAAGACCAGCUCCGACGGGAGCAUGAAGAGUCUGCCGCUGGGCUCCGACGGGAGCUCGAAGAGUCUGCCGCUGUGCUCCGACGGGAGCGUGACGAGUUCCUGCAGAGGGCAGUAUCUGCUGAAGCCACAGUGGUGACACUCUGGCGAGUCUUGUCACGGACUCCGCUCAGGCGGCGUAGAGGCGUCUAA